UAAGUCUCACUUACUUAUUUAUAUUUCAAGCUCUGUGUCAAAUCUAAUCUGGGUAAAGCCCAAAGUAUGUAUUAGUGCUGUAAUGUCUGGCUUCAUACUUCUUUAAAAUCCUUUUUUAUUUUUGGUUACUUCUACUUUUUCUCAUCUUCUACACUUCUACUGAAUCAUUAUUUCAUGGUGUUCAUUAAUUAUUGGUUACUCUCCCACCUCUGUCUCCUACUAAUUCGAGAGAUGUCUCCGAGUGUUUAUGAAGAUCUGAAGAACUGCUUAGGGAAGCUGAAGAGAGAAGAAAUAGAAGACUUUGUGGUGGUUGUCUAUGAGUGCACCAAUACUGUUAGAGGCCAUGACUCCAACAAAGAGAAGGAGUACGCCAGCACAAGAAAGAACCUUCAAAUUCACCAGCCAGGAGACACUGCAGGGAGCAGAAGCUACAGGCUGGCUGCAGUGUGUCUGGGGCUGCUGUGUGUUCUCCUGCUGACUGCCAUCACAGUGCUGUGGAUCAAGUUCAACAACCUGACUAUACAGAGAGACCAGUUACAGACCAGUAACACCAACCUGACUAUACAGAGAGACCAAUUACAGACCAGCAACACCAACCUGACUAAAGCGAGUGAGCAGUUCCAGAAAGAAAGAGAUAAACUUCAGGAGAGGCUUUGUGAACUGAGGAAAAACACUGAGCAGGCACAGGGGUGUUUCAGAGGCAGUGUCUACUACAUCUCUACUGAGAAGAAGAGCUGGAAUGAGAGCAGAAAGGACUGCAACAGUAAAGGAGCAGACCUGGUGAUCAUAAACAGCAGAGAAGAACAGGAGUUCAUCAGUUCAGUAGUUGGCAACACUGAAGCUUGGAUUGGUCUGACGGACAUCGACACAGAGGGGGUCUGGAAAUGGGUAGACAGCUCAUUACUGACCACUGAGUUCUGGUGGAAGGGGGAACCCAAUGAUUUUGAUAAAAAGGAGGACUGUGCUAUAACUGGCUAUAAAGGUGAUGAAUCUGAACGUGUAUCAACCUGGGCUGAUUAUCCCUGUAGUCACAGUAUAGUUGGACUCUGUGAGAAAAGUUUAAUAUAAUUUUAAUUUCAUCUACAUAACAGAGAACAGUUAAAACUGAUUUAAUUUACAUACACACACACACACACACACACACACAUAUAUAUAUACAUACAUACAUACAUACACACAUAGAUAUAAUGUGUAUAAAGCUGUGCAGUAAUCUGUGUAAACUGCAUGUACAUUUUAUAUGUUCCUCUCUGCAUUAUCAGUAUUUGUAAUAGGACGUGUAUUUAAAUUUAGAGACAAUGUAAAGCAUUCUUUAUUCUCCAGUUGUACUUCUGAAACACACACACACACACACACACACACACACACACACAC